GCCACCAACAGCAAUGAGUAGUUCCACUGUCCAGAGGCACUCUUUCAACCUUCUUUCCUGGGCAUGGAGUCCUGUGGCAUCCAUGAAACUACCUUUAACUCUAUCAUGAAGCAUGAUGUGGACACUUUCAAGGAUCUUUAUGUCAAUAAAGUGCUGUCUGGUGGUACCACCACGUAUCAAAGCAUUGCUGAUGGGUUGCAGAGGGAGAUUACAACUCUAGCGCCCAGAAGAAUAAGGAUUAAGAUCAUUGCUCCCCAAGAAGGCAACUACUUGGUUUGGAUUGGUGGCUCCAUCCUGGCCUCAAGGUUCACCUUCCAGCAUAUGUGGAUCAGCAUGCAGGAAUAUGAGGAGUCAGGCCCCUCCAUCAUCCACCACAAAUACUUCUAG